AUGGCCGGACCUUCUAGACGAUUCUUAAUCUCGCUGCUAAUCUUCGCCCUUCUCAUCGCCACCGCCCUGUGUCGACCUGAUCAUCACUCCAGGAAUUGUAAGGCCUACCGUAGACCGGCUCUAAACGAAGUGCUCACUCGAAUAUGCCUCCUUUGUCAUGAAAUGUUUUCGGUGGACCAGCCAAAUCUUGCCGCCGAGUGCAGUUCGAAUUGUUUUCGAAAUCCCGCGUUCAACAAGUGUCUCAACUUUUUUCGACCCAAAUUCUCGCCUUUUAUGAUGAACUAA